UCUCACUGUUUCUGCACCUCACUUCGGAUUGUUGGAAAUGGUGUCAGAAGCGGAAUCCGAAGUGGAGCUUCUAGAGACACCCAGGAGUGCUGAGUGAACAUGCAAGAAUGAAAAAAAAUAGUUUUCCUUUAUAUUGUGAUUUGGUCCCCUGGGUGAUGGUGUGGCAAGCUGGGUCACUGGGGCUGCUCAGGAAAAGGGAACCCAGAAGCCUGGCGUGCCAGCAUAAAGGUUUGAAAGUCAUAACACAUUUUUUCUAAGAAGCUACAUUUGAGAUUAUUGCCAGUCUGGUUUUUCUUUAAUAACUUCGUGGAUUACUAGACUCAAGAAACAGAAAUGCACAAGCCCUAGAAGUGUGCUUGAGUUUCAGGUACUGAGCAGAGAGGCAGAGCAUGCUGCCCAAUUCCUGGGGUUUUAUGGCAGAUGAACACCUUUCUGCCCGUGGACGCCACCGAAGAAGCAUCGUUAAAGUCUCUCUUCUCCCUGCCACGGUGUCUAAGUCAGAGUCUCCUAAAGAGCCCAAACAGCUGAGGAAGCUCUUCAUUGGAGGGUUGAGCUUUGAAACAACCAAUGAGAGUCUGAGGAGUCAUUUUGAACAAUGGGGAACGCUCACGGACUGUGUGGUAAUGAGAGAUCCAAACACCAAGCGCUCCAGGGGCUUUGGGUUUGUCACAUAUGCCACUGUGGAGGAGGUGGAUGCAGCUAUGAAUGCAAGGCCACACAAGGUGGAUGGAAGAGUUGUGGAACCAAAGAGAGCUAUCUCAAGAGAAGAUUCUCAAAGACCAGAUGCCCACUUAACUGUGAAAAAGAUAUUUGUUGGUGGCAUUAAAGAAGACACUGAAGAACAUCACCUAAGAGGUUAUUUUGAACAGUAUGGAAAAAUUGAAGUGAUUGAAAUCAUGACUGACCAAGGCAGUGGCAAGAAAAGGGGCUUUGCCUUUCUAACCUUCGAUGACCAUGACUCCGUGGAUAAGAUUAUCAUUCAGAAAUACCAUACUGUGAAUGGCCACAUCUGUGAAGUUAGGAAAGCCCUGUCAAAGCAAGAGAUGGCGAGUGCUUCAUCCAGCCAAAGAGGUCGAAGUGGUUCUGGAAACUUUAGUGGUGGUCGUGGAGGUGGUUUCAGUGGGAAUGACAACUUUGGUCGUGGAGGAAACUUCAGUGGUCGUGGUGGCUUUGGUGGCAGCAGUCAUGAUGGUGGAUAUGGUGGCAGUGGGGAUGGCUAUAAUGGAUUUGGUAAUGAUGGAAGCAAUUUUGGAGGUGGUGGAAGUUACAAUGAUUUUGGCAAUUACAACAAUCAGUCUUCAAAUUUUGGACACAUGAAGGGAGGACAUUUUGGAGGCAGAAGCUCUGGCCCCUAUGGCGGUGGAGGCCAAUACUUUGCAAAACCGCAGAACCAAGGUGGCUAUGGCAGUUACAGCAGCAGCAGUAGCUAUGGCAGUGGCAGAAGAUUUUAGUUAGGAAACAAAGCUUAGCAGGAGAGGAGAGCCAGAGAAGUGACAGGGAAACUACAGUUUACAAGAGAUUUGUGAACUCAGCCAAGCACAGUGGUGGCAGGGCCUAGCUGCUACAAAGAAGACAUGUUUUAGACACAUACUCAUGUGUAUGGGCAAAAAACUUGAGGACUGUAUUUGUGACUAACUGUAUAACAGGUUAUUUUAGUUUCUGUUCUGUGGAAAGUGUAAAGCAUUCCAACAAAGGGUUUUAAUGUAGAUUUUUUUUUUUGCACCCAUGCUGUUGAUUGUUAAGUGUAAUAGUCUGAUCAUGAUGCUGAAUAAAUGUCUUUUUUUAAAAAAAAUAAAAAAUAAAACAGAUGAACAUUCAAAA